AUGCAAAGCCAACAGGAAUGCGAUGAAGAUUCCGACACUUCUGAAUGGUCUCGAGAUUCGCUUCCCGUCUCACACGAUCGCAACACACAUCCCCAACCAAACAGGAAAUGGACUCGCAUAGAGAGAAAUAUUCACAGGCUCUAUAUGCAAGCUCGACUGGAUGAAUUGGAUGGGGAAAAUGAUAUGCAGACAAGGAUUGAACGGUUCAAGAAUGAGCCGGGUCAGAACCAAGUCUACGAGUUAUUCAAGACAAUGGCCCGGGAAAAAGCCGAGCAUCAGUUUCCACGGUCGCCUCUCUGGAUGCAAGAAAGAAUUGCGGAAUCAUUCGCUAGGAGAAGAAUGCGCUUUGAAUAUUUGAAGCAUCAUCAGGAGAAGCUUGCUUGUGGUUUGCAUCAUGAAUCUCCACCCCAACCACAGAAUGAUGCCGCAGGGACAACCUUGACCACAUUUCCUGAAAGCGAUACCCAGGUAAACAAACCAGACAGCCAGAAUACCACGUCCCGCGCCGGGAAUCGUGGUGUCAUACUCUCAGCAACUGAGAAUACUCGUCUCGAUACGAUUUCGUCGCCGCGCACAACAGAGAGCGUUGCUUCACUCACCAUGGGACACCAUGACUUACCGUACCGGCCAAAACUUCAGGAAUCAGACACCUUUACGUGUCCCUAUUGUUUUCUUGUGAUUCCCUCCACAGAAGCCGAAGGAAUAUCCUGGAGCCAGCAUGUCAUGAGGGACCUUGAGCCUUACUUUUGCGUUUUCAAGGACUGCUCGAAACCCUUUGAAGUAGACAAUAGCUUUGACGGAGUUCUAGCCCACAUGCAUGACUCACACGUCGCUGUACCUUAUUGGAUGUCGAUGCCGGACGGGUCCCGCCAAGACUUCAAAAACAGACAUCUAUUUGAACAGUUUCUUGAACAGGAAUGGCACUUGCCAAGAUCAGGUUUCGACUCGUUAAGAGCAAUUUUUCGGAGAAAAGAGGGUUUCCGCUUUCCAACUUGCCAUUUUUGCGGCUGCUAUCCGGACAAAUUCAGGAAAUGCUUUCGCUGGGAUAUACCCUUCGCCCAGGAGGAAAUGAGGAAGCAUAUCAAGCAACAUAUGGAAGAGAUUGCUCUAUACUUGCUGCCUGUCAUGGACGACGUGGUUGAUGAUGCACCCGGGGAGAACAACAUGAGUGAUGAUGCUGUUGGCACACAGCAUCAUGGUUUGGACGAAUUGAGUGCCGUCCCCUGGCGCACGACGCCACAGCAAGAACAUCGCGAUUCUGAGGAUCGAAUGGAGUCCACGAAUACAGUUGACGGACAAUUACAAUCUGACUUUGAGAUGGAGGCUCAGCCUAAUCAUCCCGGCAAGAAGAAUGAUGGACUGGAGCGGUCCCAAGAGAACACGAACGGGGACAAGUCAGCCCAGGGACGCGUUGCUUGGAGCGAUUGGUCGAAGGGGCCGUCAAGCUCGUCCCCUGAACAGAGAACCAAGGCUAGGAUUUCCUCCUAUACAGGCUCGAAUUCAUGA